GGUGGGGGGAGCUCUGGCCUGACAGCUGGAGACAACUGUGAGCUGCCUUUCAGAGCCAAAGGAGCGGAGCAGGAACAAGGCCUCGAGCGAUGGCCCAGCCAGAAGAGCUGCCCCUGGGGAAGAUCGAUUCCCGGGACCCCCUCACCAAAGAGAUCGAUUUGGUGGAAAGAGAUCCCAAGCAGAUCAAUCAAGAGGUGGUAAAGGUCGACUUUGAAGAUGUUAUCGCGGAGCCAGAAGGCACCCACAGCUUUGAUGGGGUGUGGAAGGCCAGCAGCACCACCUUCACCGUCAGCAAAUAUUGGUGCUACCGGAUCCUUUCGGGGGCACUGGGUGUCCCACUUGCCCUGCUCUGGGGGUUCCUCUUUGCCUGCGUCUCCUUCUGCCAUAUCUGGGGGGCUGUGCCCUGCAUCAAGAGCUACCUCAUAGAAAUACAGUGCUGUGGGCGCUGUUACGCGCUGUGCAUCCGUACCUUCUGCGACCCGCUCUUUGAAGCCGUGGGAAAGGUCUGCAGCGAUGUCCGCGUUGCUCUGGGCAAGGAACGUACCAAGGACUGACCUGCCGUCUUGGUCUGGAACGGACUUCGAUUUCAUCUUCCUUCUCCCACCUCCCCAAGCCGGGCGAGGGCCAGAACCGGCCUCUCAAGUUAAGCAUGAAUGUGGGGGCCACUUGCCGUGCAAAGUUCGCACGUUCCCUGUCCUACAAAUCACUCCUUUCCCUUUUGUAUAUCCAGGGCCGACCCAAGACUGAAUAGCAAGCCUUUUUCAAAAUGUGCAACCACAUACCAACUCGGUAGUUCCGGGGGAAAAAAAUGUGCAAUUCCAAAAGAACUGUUGUGCAGGUACAACAUUCAAAUCAUGCCAAAAGCUUUAUUGUGCUGUAGAGGUGCGUGGUGCGCCACUGCACAGGUCCCAAUUUUUUCUUUUAAAAAGCCCUGUAGAGAUGAAAAACCCAAAUCAUGACCAUGUUAACUUCCUCUGGGCAAUUCUUCUCCAUGCGCUCCAAGGCUUUUUUUCAGCUGGAACACGGUGGAACGGAGUUCCGGCACCUCGUGAAAAUGGUCACAUGGCCGGUGGCCCCGCCCCUUCAUCUCGACAGAGGGGAGGGCAGAGUGGCACGGAGGGCAAUCUAAACUCCCCUCUUGUCUGGAGAUCGUGGGCGGGGACAUCGGCCAUGUGACCAUUUUUGCCGAGGGCGAUUUAAACUUUAAAAAUCUCCCUCCUUUUCCCAGCUGACCCAAAGUGACAUCAUUGUGCAGUCCUGAGUUCCACCACCUCUUUUCCCAGAAAAAAAGCCGCAAUGAGCUUCAUUUGCUUCAACGAAGUAUGGCGUAUGGGAGUCUUUCCCAACAGUAUCUACCCCAUGAACGAUACCUGCUGUUCUCCCCUUACUGCCAUUCUUAAUGGAGCUCCUCCUCUGUUCCCAUAAGGAUACCUCAGAACUGGGUGUGAGAUGAGUUUCAUUAUUCCAGCAUUUUAUCCAAUGGCUUAUUCUCCUGUAGGGUUCAAUACCUGUGACUCGGUUCUCUCCUACGGUGCUACCUUUUGAAAGUGAGGUUCUGUAUCAGGCUUCCCCAUUCAAGCCAUUUCCCUGUGUCGAGAAAAGAGCACGGGACGGAGGUUUUUCCCCGUUUUUAUUGCUCCACAUGCAUAGAAUACUCCACUUGGAGCAGAAAAAACAAGGAGAAAACCUCCCUCCCCUGUUAUUUUGGGGAAAUGUCUUGAAGGGGGGUGGAGGUCUCCCCCCCCCCCCGGGCAAAGGCAUUUGGAAGCCAUUUCGACUCUCUUUUUCUUAACAGCUAUUCCCCAAAUUGCUGUGUGGCUGCAAGGAACUCGAAUUGGGUCUAGGGAUUCCAGACUCAAGUCUUUAAAAACCUGCAUGUGUAGCUUGACCCUAAGACUGAAGUACAUUCUUCCGUUCCCCGCUGAGCUAUCCCAGUGAAGAAGGUAAACUGACCUCUCUCACACACACACAGUACUUUGUGGCCUCAUAUUAGCAUCAAACCAUAUGUAGGCCUGAGUGCUAUUCCAAAUAGGACAGCCCCUCCAUUUUAAAGGUUUUGUUUCCUGUAUGGUUUUGGUUGAUGGUCCAAGCUUUCCUUUUAGCCAUGGAUGAUUGGCCACCUUUAUCCCAAAGUCAUCAGCACCACCCAAUUAGAAUCUGUUCUUGAUCUGAACCAUUUUGUACACAUUCUGCACAUUGUAUGACAAUAAAGCCCAAGCAAUCCUUCAG